AUUACGUAUAUGCUGCCAGUGAAUGGAAUGUCUUUGGUGAACAAAAAUGCAAGAUCUACAAUUUCGCUAAAAAAGAUUGUGGUACGCUGUGUUCAAAAGAAACGGGUGCACAAAAAUUCUACUGUACACUAGGAUGCUCACAGAAUUCAACAAGUGACAGUGAUUACGAAACAUGCAAACAAAGUUGUACCGGUGCAAAACUAACUACAGAACAGUGUAAAAUUGACUGUCAACUGACUGUUGGAAGUCGCUAUAUCUGUAAUACUGUUUGCGAUGACAAUGUACCCGCAUCUCUACCUCGUUGCUUAUUUUUCUGCGGCGAAAAAUGUAAGGAAAAAUGUGUACACUUAACAAAUAAAAGCACUUUCAAUUUAAACUGA